AUGAUGCGUGCGGUAGCGACAGGACCUAAUGCCAUUCCGGUAUCCUUAGAGCGGGGAAACAGCCUCCGCAACACGGAAGAGGAGAACAAAAUGAGCGAUGAGGUCGUGCAGGGGACUCAGCCGCCUUUGGAAGCGCGAUUGGAGUUUGGGCCGGCGCCAAUGCGGAAUGAAGAGGCUCCGUGCGUGAAGGCGGAUAGCAGCGGGAAAUCUACAGAAGCGACAGAAGAACCCUGCGGGCCAGAAGCGAUAGAGACAAUGCCGCACUGGUGGCGGGAAACUACCGCGAAGGAAUCUUGCAACCAAGGAGGAGACUUUUGUUACGUGAAUGCAACAGCGGUACUUCGCGUUGAGCUCGCAGGAAGUUCAUGCGAGGAUGCGUGGCGGGGUAUAAAUAACUCCCACGCGAAGACUAAGGCGAAGGCACAUAUAACGUCGGUUGUUCGCCAGGCGGCGGCCGACGCAAAGAAUCUCAGGGCACUAUUGCACGGUUUGCAUUACAUCCUGGCCAUGCCCGACGAUGGCUCGUCAGUGGCACUGAGGUUCACGGACGAAUGGCAAGGCGCACUUUGCUGCGCGUUGAUCGGAAUUGACCCAAAGCCUCCGGUUGUAGCCGUCCUUUGGCCUCUACUGCCUUGA